AUGAAGCUCACUGGUGCUCUCUUGCUACUUGGGGCUGCCCUGCUCCUGACUUCAGAGGGAGAUUGUGGCCUUUGCCCAGCUUUACAAAAAAAAGUUCAAAAAUUUUUCGAUGGGACCACUGAAGAGUAUGUUGAGUGCCUGAAACAAUACAAUAAUGACCCUCUCGUACUGGAAAAUGCUGCAAAUAUCAAGAAAUGUUCCUAUAGGAUGUUGACCGAGGAAGACAAGACACAGGCAACCAAUUUCAUCAAUAAAGUAACAGCCAGCCGGUCAUGUUGA